AUGACAGUUGACUUUCAUCUCACUGAAAUACAACACGGUGAUUCUGGACCCUACGCCUGUGAAUACUCCAAUAAAGCGUCCCCUGAUGCAACAUCACAGCCCAGCGAUGACCUUCUCCUGCUGGUCACAGGACCUCUUCCCAAGCCCAGCCUCAGUGCCUGGCCGAGCUCAGUGGUUCCUCCUGGGAGCAAUGUGACAUUGAAAUGCAAGAGUCCUAUUCCAGGUGUAUCCUUUGUUCUCAGAAAGAAAGGGUGUGUUUUGGAUCCCAUGCUGCCAUAUUAUGUGGUGGAAAGAAAAGCUGUGUUUUAUCUCACUGACAUACAACACAGUAAUAGUGGACACUACACCUGUGAAUACUCCAAUAAAGCGUCCCCUAAUGUGACAUCACAGCCCAGCGACGACCUUCUUCUGUUGGUCACAGGUGCUUUAUCCCAACCUUCCCUCCAAGCCUACCAAUGGGGUAAGGUGGCCCCAGGAGGGAAUAUGACUCUUCAGUGCCAGACAGAAGAUAUUUUGACUAAGCAUAAAGUGUUCCUUCUACUGAAGGAGGGAACAUUGUCACCCACACAGCCUAAGAUUUUAGAAAAUGACCGUGCAGAGUUCACCCUUCACAAUGUGACAGUCAGUGACUCAGGGUACUACAGCUGUGUAUACCACCAGGCAGAAGCCCCUUUCUGGGCAUCAUACCCCAGUAAUGAUCUUCAAAUCUUGGUGACAGAACUCUGGCUUCUAGAUGAAGUGGAAAUAACGAAGCCUCCUCAGAUAAAAGAAGGAUCAGGGUCCUCAGGAAUCGUCAUUGUUGUUGUCUCCAUUGUAAUCUUCCUCCUCCUCCUCUCAGCCAUUCUCAUCUACAAAUACUCCCAGAGGGGUAAAUUGGAGGAAGAGAAGGCUAAACCUUUGGGGAACUAG